AUGCCACUCAUCCUCAUAUCCGGGUUCCCGUCGAGCGGCAAGACGUACCGCAGCGAGCAGCUGAAGGAGUAUUUUGCGCAAAAGAUUGCUGCGUCAGAGGAUGCGCGCAUCUCCAAGCUCAAGAUCCACCACUUGAACGACCAGAACCUGGGCCUCGAGCGCGACGUGUAUGCUGCUGCGAGAAGUGAAAAGGAUGCACGAGCGACUCUGUCUUCGGCCAUCAAGCGCGACUUGACUGCCAACUCGAUCGUCAUUGCCGACUCUAUGAACUACAUCAAGGGCUUCCGCUACCAAAUGUUCUGCGAGGCAAAAGCCCAGCGCACCCCGAGCUGCGUAGUAAGUCACGCACUAACCAUUUCUUCCAGUCAAGAGCUGACAGCAUGCAGNGUGCACAUCGGAACGCCCGUCGAGAAGUGUCGCCAGCUCAACGAAAAAGCCCUCGCCGACGGCACUGGCGGCUACCAGACGGACCUGUUCGAAAACCUCGUCUUCCGCUACGAAGAGCCCAACGGCAUGACGCGGUGGGACUCGCCCCUUUACACGGUUCCCUUCGACGACGAGACGCCGCCGCUUGAAGAGCUUUGGGAUACACUGGUCGGUGGAAAGGUCAAGGCUGUCAAGCCAAACUCGGCAACAGUCCUGGCGCCAGCCACGGAGCAAAACUACCUGUACGAGCUGGAUAAGACGACGUCCGACAUCGUCGCCCAGAUCUCGGCCUGGCAGAAGGACCAUCCGGGAGAGAGCGGCGGUGACAUCUCUGUCGCUGGCGCUGAGCACGACAUUGAGCUUCCCGCCAACCCUCUCGGUCUGCCGCAACUGCAGCGUCUGCGCAGGCAGUUCAUCACCAUGAACCGCUCUCACAGCUUGACCAAAGACCGCAUCAAGGACUUGUUUGUCGACUACCUCAACGACACGUUCAACGCAGCGUGA